CAUCCCGCUGCCAGGCGCGUUCCCGGACCUUCAGGAGACAUUGCAGAACCAGGACCGAGCCUGCCUGGUCCGGGAUGAGAGUUUAACCGUCGCUGCUGCCGCCUCCCGAUCUGUUUAACUUCUCACUGAAACCGUGAGACGGAAGAGGACCUGGUUAAUGUCACUUUGUGACACACAGUCUAUCGAGAUACGGUGAUUAAAGACGUGUUUGCGCCUAAGGUUAAAAGCACAGCAGACAUCAUGGAGGAUGACAUGAUGUUCAGCAUGGAGGAGGAGGGAAGCGCCAAGAGGCCCAAUGUCCAACAAAGUGCCCCCAGCCAGCGCGCCUCCUCCCUCAGUGACUCCGCCAGUGAUGAUGAAGACCACUUCAUCUGCCCCAUCCUGGACGACUCCACCAAAGACAUCUGUCACUACCUGAAGAAUAUGGUUUACGCCCGACAGCUGUCAAACUCUUAUCCUAAGGGCGGCUUUAUGUUCAAGAAUGAAACAGAAAAGUUGGAAGAACCUCAACCGUACAGGGUUUUGUCACUGAGAGCACGGGUAUGUUAUAUAUCAGUUAUAUCUUCCUUCUCUCCCUCUUCACUGGUGACCAGCUGCGCCUCCCUUUUCCCAACUGCACUCUUUAAUUUACUUUCUUUUUCCUUCUCUUGGGGUUUGAGAUGCGGCAGCCAGGAAAUUUUUCCCCACCUGGAACAUUACAUCGAGGGCAAGUACAUCAAAUACAACUCCAACUCUGGCUUCGUGAGGGACGACAACAUCCGACUCACCCCACAGGCCUUUAGUCACUUCUCUUUUGAGCGAUCGGGCCACCAGCUGAUCGUUGUGGACAUCCAAGGAGUUGGAGAUCUCUACACUGACCCUCAGAUCCACACAGAGAAGGGGACGGACUUCGGAGAUGGAAAUCUAGGUGUGCGAGGCAUGGCGCUGUUCUUCCACUCCCACGUGUGUAACAAGAUCUGCAAGAGUAUGGACCUGACGUCGUUUGACAUUUCCGCUGCAGAGAAAUCCCAGCUGGACUGCACCAACAAACUGCUUAAGUCAGCCAAGACGGUGCUGAGGGGGUGCGAGGAGCACUGCGGUUCUCCUCGUGUUCGCACCAUCUCAGGAAGCUGGGUGCCGCUGCAGUUUUCCCACCCGUCUUCUGUGGACGACAGCACGGGCGACGGGGACUCGAACCCCUGCUCCCCUCUCACGCUGCCCUGCUCCCCGCUGUCCGCACAUGGAUUUCUGGGAAAGUCUCCUCUCGGCUUUUCAUUUAUGGGAAUGGGCGAACAUGAAAGACACAGUUAUUACAACACAGGUGAAAACAAGGACUCUGAUAGCGGCGGGGACAGCGGCUACCCCAGCGAGAGGAGGAGUGAAGGAGACCCGCAUGACCAUGUGGACGGGGCCCACCAUCGCAACCAACGGCAUCACUCGGAGUCGGACGACGACAGUUUCAGAUGGAGGAAGAUGCCAGCGUCUCCAAGAGUCACUUCAUACCUAAAUUCUUACAAUGCUGAAAACGAAUGGCUGACAGAAGACAAUUGGAGCUUCUACCAUUCGUCUCGCGCUCACAUCCACCGGUCGUCCUGUGUGGCCACCGAGGUGGAGCGGCUCAGCGCUCUGAUGCAGAAGAAGAUUGGCCAGUCCAUCCUCGGGAAGGUCCACCUGGCGCUGGUGCGGUACCAUGAAGGGGGGCGCUUCUGCGAGAAGGACGAGCCGUGGGAUCAGGACUCGGCCAUGUUGCACCUGGAGAGAGCUGCGCUGUGCGGAGAGCUGGAGGCCAUCGUGGCCUUGGGACAGUGCUGUCUGCAGCUGCCUCAUCACAUACUGCCGGAAAUGGUGCUGGAGGACAACGCUGGAAACAAGAUGAAAGGUUUCAAGUACCUGCUGCUGGCUGCGGAGGCCGGAGACAGAUCCUCUAUGAUCAUAGUGGCCAGAGCCUUUGAUUCAGGGAUAAAUCUGUCAGCUGACCGAAAGCAGAACUGGGAGGAAGCGAUUCACUGGUAUGAAAGUGCGUUGAACAUGACGGAUGACGACGAGGGAGGAGAGUUCGAUGGCACGCAGGACGAGCCUCGCUACCUGCUGCUGGCCAGAGUGGCAGAGAUGUGCCAAGUGGGAGGCUACAGCCUCACGGCGGACCCACAGAGAGCAGGUGAUCUGUUUACAGAAGCAGCAGAAGCUGCCAUGGAAGCCAUGAAAGGUCGACUGGCUAACCAGUACUACACGAAAGCUGAAGAAGCCUGGGUGCUAAUCGAGGAGUAAUUUUGGAUACACAUUCUAAUUACAAAAAGGCCACCGGAAUUUUAAUUUUUACACAGACAACCUGAAUGGUUACAGUUUACAAUUUUUUUAUUGGAUGAUAUUAUCUUUUUGCCAAGGUGAUGGGUAUGUGUGUGUGUGUGUGUGUGUGUGGGUGUUUGUUUGUGUGUGUGUGUUUUUUAACCUUCUAGAAUCAGGCUUCAAUGUCCAGGUCUCUGUUCUUCUUCUUUCUAUUUCUUUUCUUUCAUUCCCUGUCUUUUGACUGUUUGACCUUGUGAAUGUGGUUGAAUGGAAGAGAAGGUCUGAAUGAUCAAAACAAUGCCAAUACAACUUUGCUCUACAUUCAUGUUGGAAGAAUGCAUGUUAAACAAUUCUUGGAAUAUAAAACGGUUAAAUAAAGUUGGCUUUUUAUGGGUAAACACA